AUGAGCACAAGCUUUACCCUUUUCCAUUCGCAAGCUUCAAUUGACACUCUUAUCAACAGUCAGUCGUACGCUACCACAUGCAACCAAAUAUCACAGGAUGUAUCAUCAAGCUCGGGUUUGGCAUGUGCAUCCAACUCGGAUUGCACGUCAGUCAGCUGUAAUCUGUCCUUGAUUAGUAACGUUUACACAACCAUGUCAUUUUCGCGUAUGGGUACGUGUAGCAGCACCAAUUCAGUGAGUGUAAGCUUUCUGGGCUCUAGACAGUCGUUUUAUGCUGGCGGAGCCAUGUCUACUGGGCCAUGGUAUCAAAACGGCACUACAUAUAGAAUAAUGGAUACUGGCAUGGUUUCUGCUUACAAUAAUUACAGUGUAAUGACCUUCAAAUUGGGAUAUACUUUGCAGAAUUUGACGGGAGUAUUGAGUAGGAGCGCGUGGGUGACGCUCAUGACACCCAAUUGUACAGCAAGUAGCUCGAGCAGUACGCCAUCACCGUUUACUUGGGUAAUUGCUACAGUAGUAGUAUUAUUUAUAGUUGCUGCGUGUAUUAUCCAUCAAUGUCGUCGACGCAUUAUACGAAAUCGAGUGACAGCACAACAGGGUAUUCUAAUGUUGGGUCAACCACCAAAACCGAUGGGAUCGCCAGCUAUUGGAUCACCAAUCUAUCCGCCGCUUCCAACGUAUACACAACAACAAACUUAUUCGCCUAAUCCGGGAUACACUCAAGCCAAUUCAGCAGGAUACGUAACAUAUGCCCCCAAUAUUACUUAUGAUACGUAUUACCCACAAUAUCAACCACCCAUGUCAGCUCCACCACAAAUGAACAUGCAACAGCCAGUGCCUCAGAUGAUGGAAAGGCCGCCAAUGACGUAUGCAAUACAACCAAGCGCACCCGUCAUACCCUAUACUAACAUAAACGAUCAGCAGUAUCAGCAACAGAUGCAGCAGUAUCAAAUGCAACAGCAGCAGCAGUUGAAUGGAGCGUAUCAACAACAAUAUAAUUUUCAGCAGCAACCCAGAUAA